AUAACACUGGCUCAUCAACCUCCGACGACCUCAUACCACAUCGAGUUAUACCGCGAAUAUGGCGGACUCGAAGGGAAACGAGCCCGAGAAGGAUCUUAAGAAGCUCGAAAAGCAGCAGGAGUUGGAAGAUGCCGCCUUUCUCGCCAAUCUCGAAAAGGACUCGAAGGAGUUCGAUAAGGACAGCGAGAUCAAUCGCAUUAUGAACAGCUUUCGCGCCAACGCAUACGACGUGUUGGAUCUGCAGCCUGGUGUUCCCGAGGAAGAUAUCAAGAAGGCGUACCGAAAGAAAUCGUUGUUGAUCCAUCCGGAUAAAACGAGCAAUCCAUACGCCAAAGACGCCUUCGACCGACUCGCAAAAGCAUACCAGGCUCUUCUUGAUGAGAAGCAGCGCGAGAGGCUCGACGAGGCCAUUGCCGACGCGAGAAUGCUCUUGAUGCGUGACAAGAAGCUCACGGUGGACAGCGAGGAGGUCAAGGAUCCCGAUGUCAACUUCAUGAAAGAGUGGAAGGAGAAGGUCAAGUGGGUGCUUGCAGACAACGAGCUUCGUCGACAGCGACAGUUGAAGGCACAGAUGCAGGAAGAGGGUCGCGAGAAGAAGAGAGAGGAAGCGGAGCUGGCGGAACGCAAGCGGAAGCGUGAACACGAGCAGGACUGGGAGAAGACGCGGGACCAGCGCAUCGGGAGCUGGCGCGAGUUCUCACAAAAGAAGAGCGGAGAAAAGAGUGGCAAGCAGAAGAAGAAGAUGAAGACGCUCGGCUGAGACGAUAUCAUGCUCGCGCCGUUGUGCUGCAUGACACCAGACUUCUCUCGGUGCGCAGGGCAAUCAUCAUGGAGCGGUCGGUAAGGAUACUACCACGGCUCACGCGAUACGAAGAUACGAGGAGUGAGUUUAGCGAGGCGUCUGGCAUGGAAUUUGACAAUUUCCUCCCUCCUUCCCUCCCUCCCUCCGUUCCUGCGCGAUUCCUCCGGAUACCUGCACGUGGAGUGGUCCAGGAGGUCUUCUGACAUGUCUGGCGUUAUAAGGAGGUACUUACCUUGGCUGCUAUCGAGCUCCGUUGCGCCUGCCCUCCUCAUUCACGCUUCACAUAUGCCAUGCCGAAAGCAGUAUCUCAAGAGUUCUUGCGUCGUCGUCGUACCGUUCAGGAGUGGAAUCGUAGGUGUGGAACAUGUACGCCAAUGCAUCCACCUAUUGAUUCAGAGACUAGAAAUUGGCGAUGCCUCCGGCUUCUCCUCUUACUGCAAUGGUGCAGCCGCAAUCCAAUCUCGCAUACGGAGUGAAUGAAGUAAUCGGACCAGAGUGGAUCGGUGUCACUAGUAAACACCGCCCUGGGCCCAAUCCCACCAUAAAGUACGUGGACACGGGAUCGGACAAACGCCAGAGGCCAUUGUCAACACCAGCACCAACACCAACAUCGCCUUCCGCACCAACAUCGCCCUCCGCACCAUCCACGCCAGUUUCGCACAUGGCUCGUUCCAAGGCGGUCGUUGUCAAGAUGCCAGUUGCGCAAAUGACUGGUCCCAAUGCGCGCGUGGGAAAGCUGCCCGUCGCCAUUACGGCGCAGACACCAGCCGCCUCCAGAUCACGACUUCAGGCCGCCACUCAGUCGGUUCUCGUCAAUGGAGGACUGCCAACUGCUAUGCACAUCAACAAGCCAAUUCAGCUGCUCUUGGACCCUCCGUACGUGAAUGAACCAGAUCUCACAGCUGCCUUGCGGAUUCCGGAUGGCUCAGAAACACACCAGAAGUCAGCCCUGCAGGCGUUCUAUACAGCGAAUACGUUUGAGUGUGGGUAUCAUACGACAAUCACCAAUGUAUGUCUAGGAUCUAAAUGCUUUCUUGGUCCCGCAGCGACAGAAAACAGGAGUCCGACCAUUCUUUGCAGCCGGCACAAGUCGCAUCCGUCGCUAACACAACCACAACGCAGUUUCUACUUCAGCUGGAUACCGAGAAGCUGAAGUGUCUCCAGCCGGGCUCAGUGCGAUUGACGACCAAGUUGGCACAUAUGGGUUUCGUGAACCGAGCCUUGCAGGACUUCAACCAGCGCAGCGUCGACGGCUUGCUUCCCAGUGUGGUAGUUGUUCCCAUAACAGUCGAAGGCGAGAAACAAGACGUCUGGAUCAGCUGGACAGACGUCGAUGGGUAUGAUGGACUGGCGGGAGGAUGGCGGGCUGGAAAGGGCAAGGUCGUAACGAGAAAGCGACGUGCUUGAUGACGAUGUGUAUACUUAGCUGGUGAGAAGUACCUUACUGGUAUAUUACUGGUAUAGUACUAUAUUCACUGCAAAUGGCUAAGUUUUGUAGGAAUAGGAGGUAGGAGGAGGAGGUAGACAAAAAGAAGUUGAAAGCGUCGAUGAUCGGUCUCUAACGCGCCUGCUGCAUGAAGCCGCAGUGCCACCAGCCUCCGAUUUCGGGCUGUCCGAGACCACCCGAUUAAGUCAACAAACGCAACUUCAUGUUCUCUCUUCACUUCACUUCACUCUCAACACACACAGACACACACACCACACCCC